AUGGCUGCCCUUUUAGUACAAAGAGUCUGGAAAAAGAAAGGCAUGCUCCAAACCACAAUCCUCGCCAUGGAGCUCCUCCUACUAUCCACUGGCUUUUUCUCUGCUCUUUUCAAGUUGAAACAAGCAGCUAUAAACCCCUCUUGUUGCUUACUUGAAUUUUUCCUCUCCCUUCUCCGGCAACUUGGGAUGUCUUACAGGGUUGUUUUCUCGUCUCCUCUUAUUAUCCUCUUCAUCAUCCACUCUAUCAUUGUCGUCCUCAUCUUAGUUUCCUCGAGGCUCCAUCUCCCGAAACUAGCCCUCGAAUUCGAGUACUACGAUGUUUUUGUUGGGAAUUUAAUGGAGGAGCUCGAGGAUUCAUUCAACGUAAGUACAGAAAGAUGGGAAGGGGAAAUAGUAGCAGAGGAUGAUGCUUCUCGGAGUGAGAAAGAAUCAGAGGAAACGGCGUCGUCAUCAUCAAAUAUUGCUACUAAUUUCUUGGAAAAUAUUAAUGUUGGUUUUGAUCAAGCUGAAGUUGUGGUCUUAGAAAGUGAUGUUAUUGAAGAUGAUGAUGGGGAGGUAUCUUUGAAAGAUGUCCAUGUUGAUUGCUUUCGGACACUUUCAGGUACAUGGAGAGUGGCGGCUAGUACGGUUGAUGAGACGCCGCCGCCGCCUCCGCAUUUGCAGAACAUAUCCAAAUCCGACGAAAAUGAAAGGCCCGAAGAGGACAACUUGAUGUUUUCCGAUGAAAACCAAAGAGCCGAAGCUGCUGAGGAGGAGGAGGACACAAUGGAGGCUACCUGGAAUGCAAUUAGCCAAGGACGAGACUGCAGGGAGAAAAACAUUAAUAAUGAUAUGAAACUAAAGAAGAGCGAAACGUGGUUGGGUGUUGCGAGGCAGCCGGAGCCUCAGUCAGCUGCAGCGAUGAACAUGAAUGGCAGGUCGGAUGAAGAGUCGUCGCUUGAAGCGACAUGGAAGGAGCUAAGGAAAAGCGUGACGUUCAACGAUGCGGUGUCGGCGUGCCGGCGAGGUGGGCUGGCUAGGGACCUCAUGACAACGUCGGAUGAGAUGAAGAAGCGGUUUGAUGAUUUCAUCAACAACUUCAACAAUGAAUUGAGGUUGCAGAGACAGGAAUCCGAGCAGCGUUUCUUGGCGGCAAUCACCCGUGGUGGCCUCCCCGGCCUGGCCUCUAAUUAA